AUGGGCAACAAGAACAAGGGCGGCGACAAGAAGCGCAAGCACGACAAGGUGGCUGCUGAGGUCACCCCCGCAGCUGCUCCCGCCUCCUCGCUGUUCGGCGGCAACAAGGACUCGGACCUCGGCGGUCUCUUCUCUGCUGCCGCUGCGUUCGCGAUCCCUACCCCGGCUACUGCCAGCUCGUCUAGGGUGACCGUCCAGGCUGCUGCCCCCGUCGACGCCGAGGUGUCCCGCAAGAAGGCCAAGAAGGACAAGAAGGCCAAGGCCGUCGAGUCUGCGCCCGUUGUCGAGGAGAAGGAGGCCGAGGCCGCGGAGUCUAUGGAGGUCGACGACAAGGACGAAGCCGAGGCCGCCAAGGACUCUGAUGCUGAGGAGGAGACCGAGUUUGUUCACGAGAGCCUCAAGACUCCUGCCGAGAGGAGGAAGCGCGAGGCCGCCGGCGCCGGUGCCCAGAAGUGGACCCCGCCCGACGAGACCAACGAGGACCGCGACAGGAGGACAGUGUUUAUCGGUAACCUGGACAUUGAGGCCAUCAAGUCCAAGUCCAUCCUGAACCAGCUCAAGGCCCAUCUGUUGACGUUUGCCCCCUCGGCCAAGAUCGAGUCUGUGCGCUUCCGUUCGGUCGCGUUUGCCGCCCCCACUGCGGCUCUGCCCGGUCACGAGAAGGAGGCCGAGGACAAGGACAAGGAGGCCACCAAGCGUGCGGAGAGGGAGAAGCAGCGUGCGGCCGAGUGGCGCGCGACCCAGGCUGGCGGCAGCACGACUGGUGCCGCCGGUAACCGCCGUGGUGACGACGAGGUUGUGGACAAGUCCAAGUCGUUCCUCGACUCGAAGGGCAAGAGGAAGGUCGCGUUCAUCAAGCACGACUUCCACUCUGACGCCGCCACCUGUAACGCCUACGUUGUCUUUGGCCACGCCCACCCAGACAGGCCAGCGAACGUUGCCCCCAUCAUGAACCCCUACGAGGCCGCCGUCAAGGUCCAGGAGGCCAACGGCUCCGAGUUUAUGGAGCGUACAAUCCGCGUCGACCACGUCCGCCUGCCCUCUGCUGUCGGUCUCGCCAGCGCCCACAACGCCCUUGGCAAGCGCGACGCCUGGCUGCCGACCGGUACGGACCCCAAGUCGAGCCUGUUCGUUGGUGGCCUCGACUACGCUGCCAAGGAGGAGGACGUGCGCGCAUUCUUUGAGGCUCUGGUCGUCACCGAGCGCGGCGCUGCCCCCGAGGGCCACACCCACUGGGUCACGGGCGUCCGCAUUGUGCGCGACAAGGACACCCAGCUCGGCAAGGGCUUUGGCUACGUCCACUUUAUCGACCGCGAGAGCGUCGACGAGCUCAUCGCUCUCCCCAGCACCAAGCUGAAGUUUGCCAAGAAGCCCCUCCGCCUCCAGUCGUGCAAGACUCUUCCCCCCAAGUCCAACUCUCGCCCCGCCCCCACCGGUGCCGCUGCUGCCUCGGGCUCCAAGGCCGGCGCCAAGGGUGCUGCUGCUGGCAAGCCGGCCAAGAAGCCGUUCGUCCCCGCCGGCCCCAUCCCCAAGGGCAACCCUCUUCUCGGUGAGAAGAUUAAGGACCUGUCAAAGGAGGACCGCAAGGUGGCCAAGGCCACCGACGCCGAGCGCCAGGCGCGCCGUAUCGCCAAAAAGAAGGCCAAGGUCUCUGCCGCGCACCGCGAGACUGGUGCUGUGAAGCUUGCUGCUACCAAGGCUGAGAAGAGCCGCGUGGCCAAGAAGGUGACGGCCAAGAAGAGCCGUGUGCGCAGUGCUCACGCGCUGUCCAAGGCCAAGGGCAAGCGCGCGUAG